AACCCAAAAUGCAAUCAUGGCGCACGGGGCACUGUGUUUUUAGAAUGUUGAGAAGUUUUUACGUAAACACUUCAUUAUUUUGCAUCGUAAUUGCUAUUUUUGUUUGUAUAAAUUACUUGUGAAUAUUUAAGACCUUAGUGAAGCAUACAUGUGUGAUCCAAACUUGUUAUUUCCACCUGUUCGCAAACACGUCUCUGUACUACUAGACACUUGCAGAUAACUUUGUUGGUGUCAUAAUGUCAGAGACGUUCGCCCGCGAGAUACUACGGAGGAAUGUUGCGCAAAUAUGCCAAACUAUUGGAUGGAACGGUAUCAACUCGACACCGCUGGAUAUUUUAGUGCAUGUACUGGAGAAAUAUAUCAAGUCACUGGGCACGCAAGCUAGUAGAUACGCCGAACAAUUUAAUAGGACUGAACCAAAUUUACAUGACUUAGGAUUAGUUUUUCGUGACCUUCACGUGCAAUUGCCCGAGCUAGUAGAGUACACACGUAGUGUACCACCAGUUCCUCCACCUGUUAAUGUUGAGAAGUUCCCGAAACCUAAAGAUUCUAAUUUGAACUUUCUCAAGCCUGGCAGCCAUGAAGUGGUUACAAGGCCGAUGCAUGUUCAUGAACACCUCCCUCCUAUGUAUCCUGAGAAGGAAAGGGAUACACCGGUGGUUGCAGGCACAGUUGAAAUUCGUCAAAAUGGUCUAGAUAGUGCUGAUAAUAAUACAACAUGUACAAGUCCAGAAAUAUCAGUAACUGAUAGUCCAGAAAAACCUAAAGACAUAUUCAAGAGACCCAUUGAUCCUGUAUCACUACCAAAUAGUAAAAGGCCGAGGUUACGACUUGAAGAGGAAGAGAGGACUAGAGAAAUCAGCAGUGUGAUGAUGACAAUGUCAGGAUUCCUCUCACCGGCUAGAGAAGGGAAACUGCCAGAAGCCCGUCCUCCCACUAUAAUGUCGGAGAAACAGUAUGAAAAACACAAAGCAAAUUCACAUCAUUCUAAUCCAAUGAAAGUACCAAUGUUAGAGAAAAGUGAUAAGAAAUCUAAAAAGAAUAAAUUAUUGAAUGGUAAAGUUAUGAAAAGUAAAAGAAAAGAUAAAAGUCAUAAAGGUGAAAGUAGUAAAUCAAAAGAUAAUAGUAAAUCAAGUAAGUACCCUCCUGGUUUUCCCAUUAGGGCUAAGGAUGCACACCCUGUUCAUCCACCAUUACAAAAUCAUGUGAAUAUGCCAUUACCCAAGGUGCUGCCACCCGUUCAGAAGACUGCAAAGCCUCCACCAGCACCGGUUCCUCUUGUUCCAGAGCCUAUUCGACAAGUAAUCAAACAAGAGCCCAUAGAUCUGGCACUUCUUCAACCACAGCCGUCAUUUAUCCCCAGAAAUAAACAAGCAGGGGAAGAUGCAAUACCCGUACCGAGAAAAAUACCAAUAUCAAAAUCUCCACUCAUCGCAAACUCUGUCCCUGUACAUAAACAAUCUUCAGCAAAUUCCCUCAUACCUGACUUAGAAAUUAAAAAAGAGGUAAUAGAUGAAGAAGAAAAGUUAGCAUCUCAACCGGAUAGAUCAAAAAUCAAUAUAUUUAAGAGAAUAUCGAACAAAUCUAAAGAAGAUAAAAGCACUCCAGAGGUUGUACCAGAAAAAUUACAGUCUGAUAAUAUGAUCUCAAGGCUACAAAAUUCAGCACACGAAAAUUCAUAUGAAAAUAAAUUGCACGAUAGAGUAAAAUCAGAUGAAUCUAUCGUUAACAAUAAUGAUAGUAGUGCAUUAGAUUAUUCUAAAGUUAUGGAUUUAAGGACUAACGAAGUUAUCAGUAUUGAUGAUGAUUCCAUGGACACACACAGGGCGCUACCCUCAAAACCACAUCCUGUCGAACCACGACCGAGUAUAUCGAUCAACAAGUCUUUGCAAUUACCCUAUAAUCCCAAAGAUAUAGCUAGUGUCAGUCCAAAAAUCAAGAAAGAAAAGAAACAUAAAGAUAAAAAAGAUAAAGCGGCAAAACUAGAAGCAAAAUUGAUAAAAAAGCAACAACAGCAAUUAGCAUUUGAAAUGGCCCGAGCCGAAAAACAAAAUUUGAAACUGAGCAGUACGAAACCACCAAAAUCAAGUCGGCCGAAAAACGACGGAAAAAUACCACCAAUGCCUCCGUUUCCAUUUUUCCACGGCAUGACUCCGGGAAGAGGUCUAAUGCCGGGGCCAGGAUUGAUUCCUAAUCCCGGUCUGAUUCCAGGCGGCGAUUUCCUCGCGGGUCUCGCGAAUAAUCCUGCCCUACGAGGACUACAGAAUCCCAAUUUACUCACGAACCCGUUCGCCCUGGCGGCCGGAGGACCGGGUCUGAUACCCGGCCACGGUUUUCUGCACGGAGGCCUCGGCGGGGGCCUCCCCAACCCCGUGAUGCCGAUGGGCACCUUCCCUCAUUCGUCGCGGUCGCAGAUGAAAAUACCCCCCAUGCUCCGUCGACCGAGCUUGGAAGUGAUCCCCGUGGACAACGACGACGACAGAGGGGUGAUCGAAUCCCCGAUGUCGCGCGACAGGGAUCGGCCCGGCGAGCACAAAUCUCCGACCGUUCCGAACAUUCUACAGAAACACAAGAAGUCGAGCAAGGAACACAAGGCGAGCGUAUACAGAAUGCCGCCCGUCCAGCCGGACAUCACGAUCGAGCUGAACCCGCCGAAACCGGAGCCGGCGAAGGAGCCGCCGCGGGAGAGGCCGCCGCGCCCGGCCCGGACGCCGACGCCGGAGCCGGCCGCCCCGCCGCCGCCCGAGCCGGAACCCGAGCCGGCGCCGGCCGAGCCGCCCCCGGAUCUCCGGGACGGGGACGAGAACUCGGAGAAGCGACCGAAGGACAGAUCUCACAAAAAGGAGAAAAAGGACAAGGACGGCGUCAAGAUAAAGAAGAAAAAAGACAAAAAGGACAAGAGCAAAGACCGAGGCGAGAAGAGGAGGGACAGGGACGACAAACAGGAGGCGAAGGCGAAGAAGGAGAAGAAGGAAAAGAAGAGGGAGCGCGUCGACGGGCUCGUGCCGAAGCUGACGCUGAAGCUCGGCUCGAACUCGAACUCGCCGCUGCCGCCGCGCUCGCCGGACGCGCCUCGCCUCGGCCGGGCGCGCUCGCGCAGCCGCUCCCCCGAGCUGGCGCAGAUCGCCGCGCUCGUCACGCGCCCGCCGCGCCCGCGCGCCGCCGCCUCGCCGCCGCCCGACGCGCCCGCCGCCGCCGCCGCCGCCACCGCCGCAACCGCCGCCGCCGCCGCCGCCGCCGCCGCCGCCGCCGCCAAGUACAAGCGCAUCCUGCUCAAGCCGCUCAAGAAGGCCGGCGAGCGGUUCGACGACGCGGAGGACGCCGCCGACGCCGGCGAGCGGCCGCCGGAGCCCGCGGCGGGGGCGGCGACGGCGGCGGCGGCGGCGGACGGCGCGCUGCCGACGCCGUUCUACGUGGACGAGCACGGCAGCAAGAUCUGGGUGUGUCCGGCGUGCGGGCGGCCGGACAACGGGUCGCCGAUGAUCGGGUGCGACGGCUGCGACGGGUGGUACCACUGGGUGUGCGUGGGCAUCACGGAGGAGCCGGGCGCGACGGAGGACUGGUUCUGCCGCGCGUGCGUGUCCAAGCGCGCGGCGCUGUCCGGUUCCGGCGCCGGACGGAAGCGCGGCCGGCGGCCGAAGUCGGACAAGCCGCGCGAGACCCGUUGA